AUGGCAUAUGUAGGAAAGGAAGUUCCACCUAACAGCAUUGGCAGAGACACCCUGGCUGAUAUAGUCAAACACUAUGAGGAGAAUGGGGCAAGACCACGCUUGAGGAAGAAGCACUCAUUGCCACGCCCACCAGCCAGGUUCAUCAGCCCUGAGGAUAUCAACAGAGUUGUGGACUUCAUAAAACACUAUGCAGAAGACAAUGCCAUCAUGCUGCCUGGCCGACAGCCUGGGCAUAAGGAUUGGCAUGUGAAGUUGCUGCCAAAUCAUGUGUCCAAGGCCUCAGUGUGGCGUCUCUACGUGAAGUCUGCUAAGGAGCUUGUUACACUUUCCUCAAACCCUCUCCAGCCAGGACCAAUGUACUUCCUGACCCCACGGAAAUGUGGCCUAUUUGGUGUUUCAUGUGAAGGGCUGCAGAAACAGGUGAAUUACCUGAUUGAUGAAGGCAUGUCAUCUACUAAGGGAAGCAAUGAAGUCAUCAGCUACAUGCAUCAUUUCUUCGGCAACUUUGGAGUUGGAGAAACAGAGGUGGAUCUUCAUUGUGACAACUGCAGUGGGCAGAACAAGAACAACUUCAUGCUCUGGUACCUUGCCUGGCGGGUUGGACACAAGCUUCACGAUAAAAUUGAAAUCCACUUCCUUAUUGCUGGCCACACCAAGUUUUCCCCUGACUGUGGCUUUGGACUCAUCAAGCAAGCCUACAUGAAGACAAGAGUCAACACUUUGGCAGACAUCGCUGAGGUUGUGGAAAACAGCUCUCCUGUGAGUCACCUCAAUAUCCCACAGCUUGUUGGAACGGCAGAGGGCAAAGUUUUAGUCCAGACCUUCGACUGGCAGCAGCAUCUGACUCGCCACUUCCGUAGACUCCCACAGAUCAAGAGUUAUCAGCACUUCAGCUUUGAAGCCAAGAGACCAGGUGUGGUGCUUGCAAAAAGUCACCGUGGAUGCACAACCUGUCGAAUAUCAGCUACUGCGCCGACGGAGCAGAUCUGCCCCUGUCGACGGUCUUCCUGUCCUGGCCCCACCUGGACUGAAAAUUGA